CUUCAGCCCAGUCAAAGACUGGUCUUGUGCGCGCUCAUUCUUGGAAGGCAUUGGCAAAGAGUGCAAGUACAGAACUUGGGAGACAGAUGAUGUUUACAAUGCAGAUCUGUCACGCAUUCAGUGA